AUUUUUGGUUCCGUAAUUUAGACUGUCAGGUAUCAUCAGGUCUUCACCUUCUCGUGUAAUCUCUUAAAAAACCGUUGAACAACUGAUAUUAUCUGAUUAACUGAAUGUUUGCAAAGCCCAACGUGGGACGAGGAGGUGAUGCGUUUGUCAGCCGUGGAGAAAAUAUGGCCUAAAAAGCUAAACUCAGGGAAUAACAAUCCUCCUUUUCCAGGAAGCGGAUGUUGUUGACGUUUUCAUCGCUACGGCAUCCGGUUUAGAAGACAGGCUUUCUUGGCAAAACAUCAGCAAACGGUGAAAUUGUCCACUUUGGAACCGGGAAGAAAGGAAGGGCAGCUCAGUCAGGGCUGCCGCUCAAUAAUGGCCGCGGUUUUUGUCGAUUUGUCUUGUAUUCUCGGUCUGUCCGUUGUCACCAUCUCGGCUAGCUAGUUAGCACCGCUGGCUAACUGGCUAAUUAACCACGACAAGUACUCGGCUACUUGUCUGACUGGCUAACGAAAGAGAACUGUCAAGACGAGGAAAUAAGUCACUUCUAUCUUCACAGUUUACAAUUGACAUACCAGAGUGAUAACAGUUGCUGGCAUGACCAGAGACUUCUCAGGACAUAUGGUUUCACGUCGGGUUCAAUUGGUUUCGUGUGUAGUAAGUAAACGAUUUGAGGAGUGGGAUUAAAUAUACAAAUAAGUGAGGACUGUUUACUCGGCGGUGGUUGCUUAGGUUUACAGUAAGUCUUAAAUAUAACGAUGUGUCUUGAUAACUGAAAAGGCUUGAAGUCAUCGCUGUUGUGUGACGAUUACAUCUAGAAAUAAAAAACAUUUUGUAGUUUUCAUUUUUACACCGCUAGAUUCAUUUGGAUUUGCGUGCGGAGUUACAUGUCACGUCGGUCUUUUGCACGUCGGCGUGUCACAGUGUGGAUAGUAGCUCCGGGUGACAGCUUGGAAAAGUAAACAGGUGUGAUACACUAACCUGUUCACAGGGCUUGGAGCGACUUUGCACUACAACCAAUGCCUGAUACAUCUCAUACAUGUCAGUUACUUCCAGAUAUCCGGACACUUGAAAUAUCAACAUUCCUACGAACUGCUGAAUUGCAGUUUUGGCUGUAGGUGCACAUACUGAAGUGCUUCCUGUACACAGAGACUCGUUGUCUUGUUUUUGAUGUUUGCUGAUAAACAUAUGGAUUUCAAGUGGACAGAGCAUCAAACUAGGAUGAUUUCAUGAUGCUUUCGGUACCCAAAAUAUGAUCUCAGUGAUACAAUAUUAACAGAUGGUGGGGGUUUGUGAUUCUUAGGUUUUUGUUUAUUUGAGGUGUUUGAUUAGAGGGAAUGACUCGGUACUUUCUCAGUAAAUGUCUGAGGGCCAAACUGUAGUUGUACGUAUAUUGCUGCGAUCUUGUCAAGCUACCACAAUGCCAGCUGUACUGUUCUUAUCGGCGCUGUUUGGAAUAUUGUGCAGCCAUGGACAGGCCAUGUUGCGGGAGGAGAAGCACAGGUUAAGGAACCAAGUGGUUGAGAUGUUUGACCAUGCAUAUCAGAAUUAUAUGGACCACGCAUACCCAGCAGACGAGCUGAUGCCGCUAACAUGCAGAGGAAGAGUACGUGGGCUUGAACCAAGCCGUGGUGACAUAGACGACGCUCUGGGAAAGUUCUCCCUGACACUCAUAGACACUCUGGAUACUUUGGUGCUUUUGAACAAGACGACAGAGUUUGAGGCUGCAGUGAGGAGAGUUUUGUCAGAUGUGAGGCUGGACAACGACAUUGUCGUUUCUGUCUUUGAAACCAACAUUCGAGUCCUUGGUGGUCUGCUGGGAGGGCACUCCAUGGCUGUGAUGCUGAAGGAGGGAGGUCAGCACAUGCAGUGGUACCAGGAUGAGCUCCUCCAUAUGGCCAAAGACCUGGGCCUCCGACUGCUUCCAGCCUUCAACACCAGCAGUGGCCUGCCUUAUCCCAGGGUGAACUUGAAACAUGGUGUCUGGGGUCCCGAGACUCGAACAGGCACAGAAACAGACACCUGUACUGCAUGCGCAGGAACCAUCAUCCUGGAGUUUGCUGCCUUAAGUCGCUUCACCGGAGAUCCUGUGUUUGAGGCCCACGCCCGGCGAGCCAUGGACUUUCUGUGGGAGAAGAGACAGAGAAACAGCAAUCUGGUCGGAACCACCAUCAACAUUCACUCUGGAGAAUGGGUCCGCAGAGACAGUGGAGUCGGAGCAGGGAUUGACUCAUACUAUGAAUAUCUGCUAAAGGCCUACAUCCUCUUGGGAGAUGACCUGUUUCUGCAGCGGUUCAAUAUUCACUAUGCAUCUAUAAUGAAAUACAUUAGCCAGCCUCCGCUGCUGUUGGAUGUCCACAUCCACAAGCCUCUGCUUCCUGCUCGAACCUGGAUGGACUCCCUGCUAGCCUUCUUCCCAGGACUGCAGGUGCUGAAGGGGGAUAUCCGUCCUGCCAUUGAGACUCAUGAGAUGUUGUAUCAAGUUACAAAGAAACACAACUUCCUUCCAGAGGCCUUCACUACUGAUUUCAGGGUACACUGGGCCCAGCAUCCCCUGAGACCUGAGUUUGCAGAAAGCACCUAUUUCCUUUACAAGGCCACAGGAGACCCUUAUUACCUGGAGGCAGGUCGCACCAUCCUGGACAACCUCAACCGCUUUGCUCGGGUCCCUUGCGGCUUCGCUGCAAUGAAGGACGUGCGCACUGGGAGCCAUGAGGACAGAAUGGACUCGUUCUUCCUUGCUGAAAUGUUCAAAUACCUGUUCCUGCUGUUUGCUGAUGCCGAGGACUUACCGUUCGAUGUGGAAGACUACGUCUUCACCACCGAGGCACACCUGCUGCCCCUGUCCCUCUCCACAGCCCCUCACUCUUCAUCUAUCCCCUCAAACAGAACGUCAGAGGAGGAGCUGGACGAUUCGAACUUUGAUUGGACCUGCCCUAACACCCGCCUCCUCUUUCCUGAUCCUGCCUUCCCUCGUAACCUGAGAGAACCAAUCCGCAGUGCUGUGGACAAGAGCUGCCCUCGUCCUGCGCCUUACAGGGAGCCGGGUAUGGGACGUCCUCCACUCAGAGCUCAGGACUUCAUGGCAAACAACCCCGAACAUCUGGAGCUGCUAAGGAAGAUGGGAGUCAGUCUCAUCCACCUGAAAGAUGGCAGGGUGCAGCUGGUCCAGCACGCAACGCAGGCGGUGAGUGCGGUGGCAGCCGAGGAUGGCGUGCGUUUCAUGCAGGAGAUGAUGGAACUGUCCAGCCAGCAGCAGAAAGAGCAGCUGCCUCCCAGAGCCAUUCAGAUUGUCUCGCAUCCGUUCUUUGGCAGGGUUGUGCUGACCGCUGGCCCCGCACAGUUUGGCACAGAUCUAUCAAAAAGUUCCACAGGGGUACGAGGCUUUGUGACUGUGGCUGAACCCUACAGUGGCUGCACUGAGAUCACUAAUGCUGAGUAUGUCCAGGGCCACAUCGCCCUGCUUCAGAGGGGACAGUGUAUGUUUGCAGAGAAGGCCAGACACAUCCAGAAGGCUGGCGCCAUUGGAGGCAUAGUCAUUGACGACAAUGAGGGCAGCAGCAGUGACACGGCUCCCCUGUUUCAGAUGGCAGGGGACGGCCGCAGCACGGAUGACAUCACCUUGCCUCUCCUCUUCCUCUUCCACAAGGAGGGCAACAUCCUGCUGGAGGCGCUGAAGGAGUACAGGGAGGUGGAGGUGCUGCUGAGCGACAAAGCCAGAGACAGAGCAGCCAUAUUCAAAGGUAAACCUCUUCCUGGCAGCCUGAUUGAGGGUAGUGUGGAUGUGCAAGAAACGGAUGAAGGCUGCACAACUGAGGCAACAACUCCCACCUCGUUUGAACCUGUUGGCCAAUCGCAAAUGAGUACAUUGGAGCUGGAUGAGGUGGCUCCUGAGGACGUUACUCCAUCACUGGAGGAGGAAGUCAGUCGUGUGAGUGAAGACACUGGUGCUGCAGGAGAAGCCCGACCACCGGAAGAGGAAGCCGGUCCUCCAGAUAUGGCCCAGCUCAAAGAGCAUAGAGACUCUGAGAAGAGAGAGGAGCCUGAGGGUGACACAGACUCAAGCAGCCAAUCAGUGGAUGAGCUGCUGGCUGAUUGGCGGGAAGACUUGGAGGCCUUCCAGCAGAUGGAAAAGGAUGAGCUCUGACAGUCGUCGGGCAUGUUGUGCCCUGUGACUGAAACCUUGGAGGGAACACAUCUUGACACAUCACCAGCCUCAGUUUGAUGAAGUCAAAGAGAAGCUAAGGUGUCUUUCAUGGCCCUUUCUUCUCUUGCUGUCUGUGUGGAUGGUAUCACAUGCCGUGGUGAGCCCACAUACUGUAUCUCUGGACCACGAGGGAGUCCUUUUUAGCCUGGUUGAUGUUAAGAGGAUAAGAGACCAGGGUUCUUACCUCACUUUCACAUAGAGUUUCUGUUUAUUUGCCAUGACAAACCCUAACGACUGACAUGGACCAGACCGUAUGUAACAGUGUCUCACUCUCUCACUGUUGUUCUCUCUAUGCAUUUCUGACUCCUCUUUGUUCAGACGAAUUCUGGUCCAGCAACUGCUGUUCAAACUAAUCCAUCGACCAAUUAAUUUUAAUUAAAUGUGAUAAUUAUUUGUGAUGAUGCAUUUACUGUCGUCAUGGUCUUGGGCCUAAUCAUGUGUACACGUUGAUGUGAGUUAAGGACUUAAUUCAUGUGAGGAUCAGCGGACACUGAGUAAGCUGCAGGGUGUUUUUGUGCUAGACAACACUCUCUGGAGGACAUUAUGAAGUCAUCUGUCAAUGUAAAUAUGUACUUGUCAAGAUAUACUGACUGAAACAAUAUGGCGCUGCUUUGCUCAGGUUCUGGUUCACUCCUACAAACUAUCUCUGGACCACAUUUGGGUGGAGCAGACACACCCCUCAGCAGCACAGUAGGAUGGAUUACACACCUGUAAACCACCACAGGGGGGCGCUAUAUGAUCUAUGUCAUUCUGUAGCUGCUGACUUGAUUGGAAGAAGCAGAAAUAAUAAAUUAACAUGAUGAAAUUAAAUAAAAACUAAGAGGGAAAAGGGGAAAUAAUUGUCCUGAUUCUUUUAUGCUAUUUUAGCUCUGAAUAAUGAGUUUAGAUGUUACAGUUCAUUAAAAAAAAUAAUGUAAAAUGGGGGGAGAUUAAGGAAAGUGUUUGAUUUUGCCUCUGUAUGAUGGAGACAUAGUUCAAUCCAAAAGGGGGUUUCAGAUUUGACUGUAAUCCUGAGAUAUCUGUCGUCUUUGUAUGUAAAAGCUGCUCUAACAGAAUAUUUUAGAAUAACCAUGUCUGCGGCUUUUCAGUGGAAGAGGUGAAAACGUUGAAGUGGAAUAUUUGAGUGAAAGGUGAACAUUUUAUUUAUAUUUCACAUCUUUUCCAACAGACAGUGGGCAGACACCCACGUAAAAUCAUUUGAGUCAUGAUAUAAAUCUCUAAUUGUUAAAUUCUCAGUGUGCUCUUAAACUUUAAUGUCAAACUGCUAAAAUUAGUCAUGGAAGAAGUACUCACAUCUUUCAAUUGAGUAAAAGUUACCACAACAAAAAAGAAUUUCUGCAUUGAAAUUUUACUACAAGUACAACACUAUUAUCAGCAGCACUUACUUUAAGUUUUGCUUAAGUAUUUGAUGGGCAGAAUGGCC